AUGCAGAACCCACCCAAGAAGCGGAGACGGCCGGCCCUGGCCUGCGAGCAGUGUCGCCUCCGCAAAGUCCGCUGCGACCGUGCCUCCCCAUGUGCCACCUGCACGCGGCUAGGCAACCCCGAGUGCACAUAUGUGCCUCCACUUCCGCUCGGUGCGUCUCGCCGCCCCAGGCCGGCCGCUGUUCCGGCCGCUGGAGCCGGAGCCGGAGCCUCUAUGGAAGCCUCUGUUGCUGGGUCAUAUUCCGGUACCUCCUUAGUAGUAAACAAAGGACCGUUACCCCCUGGCUCUGGGUCCUAUCCAACCCCCUCUAUCGUCUCCUCGGCGGCAACCAUUGAUUCCCUUGAGCGCCGCUUGAAGCAGCUUGAAAGAGAGCUCCAGUCAGCCCUCGGUCGCCAGCCCUCGCCCUCGCCCCCUGGAACACGAGACCAGUCGCCGCCUCUCUAUGCGCCUGCUGCCUCUACUGACGUCGAAAAGUCGUUUGUCUCACUUCCAAUUCGCGGCACCAUGUCCAAAACUAGGUUCUUCGGCCAAAGCCAUUGGGUGCACGGCACCACAAUGACCUCUUCAUCUUCUACGAUCAUGGACCUGGCCCGUCGGGACAAGACAUUUGAAAUGUACACUGAGAAAUGCAAAUCCAUCGGUCGAGCGAUCAAAGCCCGUCGCGUCCCUCCACUGUCCGCCCUGGCCGUUGGGAUGAGUGUCCCCACCCGCCCCGUCGCCGACGUUCUGAUCAACGGCUAUCUACGCACCUUUGAAACUGUCUACCGCAUCCUCCACGUGCCGUCCUUCUUGGCCGAGUAUGAGCGUUACUGGGAACAGCCCCACAUGGCGACCCAGGCCUUCAUCGUUCUAAUGCAGGUCUGUAUGGCCAUUGGGGCUUGUUUUCACGAUGACACGUACUCGCUCCGCGCCCAAGCCACGGGCUGGAUCUACGAGGCACUGGUAUGGCUGGUGCUCCCCCCUGAGAAGGCACGUCUGAGCAUCCCAGGCCUGCAAAUUAUGUGCCUCCUCCAGCUGGCCAAGCAGACAGCUGGUGUUGGCGGCGACCUCACCUGGAUCUCUGCCGGGAGCCUCCUUCGUGCCGCCAUGCACACAGGCUUACACCAUGACCCAGAUACCCUGGUACCUAUGCCGCGCCUGCGGGCCGAGCUGCGUCGGCGCCUGUGGACCACCAUUCUCGAAAUCUGCCUACAGGCGAGCCUCGACGCUGGCGGUCUGCCCCUAAUUUCGCUCUCCAACUUUGACACGAAACCGCCUACCAAUAUUAACGACGAGGAGAUCGUGCUCAGCCAGAAUGGCAGUACUGAUGUUGCUGUAGCAACGGAUAGUGCCAGGUCUUCUUCCUCGUUCUCCCAUGUCGCAGUUCAAAUUGCCCUUUUCAAGUCGUUCGCCACGCGACUCACCAUCGCGAAUCUUAUCAACGAUCCGCAAGUGUCCAGCAAAAGUCCAAAAUAUCAUGAAACACUACGCCUGAGCACUGAACUCGUCGCCGAGAAUCGAGCCCUUAUGCAGCGGCUACGCUCCUUUCCCAGCGACGAGUUAGGUGCCGAGGGAGUCUCGAUUUUCCAGUUCCGCCUACUCGAGAUAACCAUGAACCGCUACCUUCUUGCCCUCCAUCUUUCUUGGUGGCGCGAUGGGCUGCAUAGCCCAACUCACUACUUCUCGCGCAAGACGAGUGUCGACGCGGCUCUGACACUUGUCGCGCUUGCCCGAAACACUACCGUUGACCAGGUUCCCGACAACGGGCUGUCACCCGAGCAACAACACUUGGCUCCAACUUCUUCAGCCAGCGACUUUGACCGUUUUAUUAUUUGCGGGUCCGGUUUCCCCCGUUCAAUGCUUAUCCAAGCCUGCCUCGUCGUUAGUCUCGAGUAUCUGUCUCGCAAGGAGGAGGACCGAAAUAACCUCGGAACGGUGGUAAAGAGCCCCAGCGGCGAGGCUGAGCUGCAUGCCGUCUUCGACUGGGUUACCGACUGGUGGAAAAAUCGAAUCAGGGCCGGGGAGACCAAUAUAAAGUCAUAUGUUUUCGGUCCCAUGCUUAUCCCAUAUGUCGAUGUCCUCGAAUCUGGCACGGACAGCGAGGCCGGCACCGCGCUCAUCAUGCAGCAGGCGACCGGCCGUGCUAUAGAGUGCUAUGAAAUGUUGAAAACCGUAGCCAAGAACAUGGGCAUGAUCAUCGACGACGGUAGUGGCGAUAGUGGCGACGGUACGACGCAGAACCAGAGAGACGACAAUAACGAGAUCUUUGGAGCGAAGAGCUUUACGGGUGGUUUUCUUGAUGACUGGGACUGGGGCUGGGACAGUGAUGUUGUUAGCCUCUCCCCGCCUCCGUUUGAUGUCGAGUCCUGA